GGUCUCUUUCCUGCACAGAUCAGAGGCCUGAGCGGCACAGCAGUCUCCCAUUGGUGGAAAGUCUUACUCCGGCCCCGCCUCUGCCUGAGUGCUAUUGGGGAAGAUCCGAGGUUGGAUUUCGGCCCCGCCCCGUCCCGACGUUCCCUUGGCAACCGGAGACGCUUCCUGCAAACGCCGGGCGGAGGAGCGAGGUGGCGAUGGCGGAUCUGGGGAGUCACCGAUGUCACAACUGCAACAUGACGUUCCGCAGCCGAUCCCUUCUGGAGAAGCACCGGGAGAAGUUCUGUAUCGGGAGCCAAAUCGGCGACCCCACUGUACUGCGCUCCCGCUAUGUGAGCACCUCACUGCCGCGACAAGCCGACACACCUGACUUCACGACAAGAGAGGGCGUCGCCCGCCUGAGAGCGCGAGAGAACCGGCUGAGUGAGAGGGAGCGGCACCUGAUGGGCGGAUACGACGGGCCGCCGGAGGGCGUCACUGACAGCAAGGCCUUAAAGAGCCUCACCGAGGAGUUCCACAAACUGCGAAAAUCUCUAGAAGUCUCCCUCCCGCCGCUGCGCUCCUUCCAGGGGGACCCCGGUGGUCUGUAUUGGGACAGGGAGUACCGGGACCGCAUGCUGGAGAUGACCGAAGCUCACGAUCGUCAGCUGGCUGAUAUCCAGGCGAGGAACCGAUCACUGGAAAUGCAGAGAGAAGAGAUCCGCCAGCGCCUCUCCGAGGUGGCCAGCUCCGGGAAUUCCACCGGCCAUAUCGAGCAAAUCCUGCUGGAGCUGAAGGCCCAGGAGGAGAAGAACCAAUUGGCUCUGGAUGCAUUAAAAGACCAAGUCACUCUCAUCCAAUCAGAGAACAGGUACAGUGUGCGGGAUACUCAGCGCCCAAUCACCGUUGUCUAUUCCAGGUCUCCACAUCUGUGGAUUCCUUUUUACAAUUCGCCCAUUAUUCCUUCUAGCCAAUCACAACAGACUGAUGGAUUUCCUGACAUGUUCAUCCUCUGCCUUCACUAUUGAUGAGUCCCUGACCCGGAAGAUGUUUACAAGA